GCCGAGUGCUCGAUCGAAGUACCGGGGUACCUUUUUUCCAGAAAAACAAACACACUGCUUUUUCUACCCGUUACUGCAGAUGGUCGCAAGGCAGAUGGUGCCGGCGAUGCCGCUCACAAUAUUUGUUGUCAUCCUUCGUAUUUCUAGAGGGGGCGAAUCCUCACCAAUCGAGUGAUGGGUGGUCGAUCCAGGCUCUGGUCACGUGGAGCGCGCGAAGAUGGCGGCUGAGCGAGUGAUUGCAGACUCUGUGUCCUGGGGCCCUGAGGGAGAGAGUAAACACCCUUCAGGGUCUGGGCUAGCUGCUCCUCUUUGAGCCGCAGAAAGUUUUCCAAAGGAUGCAUGUAAAUGGUGAGAAGAUGACUGAUCAGCAGCGUAAACUACCAGAAUGGAUGGAGUCAGAAGAAAUAAAAGAAGCUGAAAGUCAGCAAAAGGUUUCUUCUACCAAGAAAAAUGCUCUAGAGGACAAACUUCCCUUCUUGGAGUUUCCUGGUUCCAUUGUAUGCAGUUAUGAAGCAAAUGACUGUUCUUUCCUAUCAGAAGAUUUAAGGUCUUUUAUUACGAAGCAAUCAGCAAUCGGAUUUGACAUAGAGUGGCCUCCGACAUAUAUAAAAGGAAAAGUUGGAAAAGUUGCACUUAUUCAGCUGUGUGCUUCUGAGAAAAAGUGCUACCUGUUCCAUAUCUCUUCCAUGUCAGGAUUUCCAAGUGGACUCAAAAGGUUGCUAGAAGAUGAAGCAAUUAAGAAGGUUGGUGUUGGAAUUGAUGGAGAUCAUUGGAAGCUAAUGAGAGACUAUGAUGUUAAACUCAAAGGUUUUGUGGAAUUAACUGACAUGGCUAAUCAAAAGGUAAAAUAUUAUUAAUUAAUGCAUCUUACUGUGGGCUA